UAAUAUCACAACAUCGCGAGAGCGAUUAGUAGACGAUUCAGUAUGCUUCUAAACAGAGGCGAAUCUAGGGUUAGAGCUUUAGGGGUGCUGAGCACCCAAUGAGCUCCGCUGCCACCACCCACUCUUUUUUCCUACAGAAACCAAUAAUAUGUCUAUUGUAAAAUAACUAUCAUUUUAACAUUGGUUCAACUAACCCCAAAAACCCCAAGAUUUUUUUGGAGACCUUUCAGGCAUGAAAACGGGUCAGGGGUGAAAAAGAUGAGAAGAAAAUUACCCCUCUAGGGUCUGGGAGCAUUUUUUUUUUAAUUACAUAUUUUAAAGCAGUGGUUCUAAAACUUUUUCCGUGUGCGGCCCCCCUUGUGUACGGUGCAUUCCUUCCCGGCCCCCCCAAAGAAAAUUUAUGACAAAAAACUGUUCUAAUAUUUAACAUUUUAAUUAAACAAAACAUAUUAAGUUAUACAAAGUAGUGCUGUUGGUUAGAAGCCUUAUUUUUUUUAGGUUUAUGAUAAAUUAAUGUAUAUAAAAUGCCAUAAAAUUGGGGCCCCCCUGGCACCAUCUCGCGGACCCCUGGGGGCCCCGGACCCGAGUUUGAGAACCACUGUUUUAAAGCAUCAAUCUGAUGAGUUUUGAGAUGCAUUUUUUGCCAACCUUUUUAUUUUUAAUUAGUGGCGAGCUAGCACUUUUUUGCCAUUAAUGCCAUAUUAAAGUAUCAGGACAAAAGGUGGGCUACAGCAGCAGUGUGGGUAUGGUUUUAUGUGAAUAUACAGUGUGUCGUUUUAAGCCUUUGUCAAAAUGACAAAUCUCCUAAUUUAUAAAAAUAUGCCUACAACAUAUGGUAGGUUUAUUAAUAGUUUGUUAAUUUGCAGCUUUUCUUUUAACAGUCCUUUAAUCGAACCAUUACCUUUACUAUUAUGUCUAAAACAAAACACUUGUGACUCCUGCACUAAGGGUUAAAAACGUUAUCCCCUUCAUAUUAAUCUACAUGUGACAAUCUAAAAAAAUAUUUAUUGUCUAGUUUGAUAGUCAGACAGUUAGUGAUUUCACACAUAACUUACCGGUACUGGUGGUAUACAGUGAUAUACAGCACCCCUAAAAAGGGGCUAGCCUCGCCCAUGCUUUUAAAUCAAUCUCGCGGUAGUGUGAUCUCACACCUAAUAGAUCUGCGUGGAUGACUGCGAGAUGACAAAUCGAAUCUGAUCAAACCAGUCAUAGGCGCAAAUCACAGAAGCUCCAAAGUGCAACGAGUGGAGACAAUUAGCGGAAGUGCGAGGAAAAAAUGAAAGUUGAACAAGUAGAGAAAAGGAGAAACAAAGGCAUGCUGAGAGACAACAUUGUAAACGCGCAUUACUGAUUGUCAUUUAAAGCAGCAUUUUUAUGUUAUACUUUCUUUCAUAAAAUGAAACGUACAACUCGAGAACAAUACAUCAACAGGGAGAGACCCUGUUUAAAAAUGAUGUUUACUGGGAUCUGCCUUGUACUAAUAUGUUUUCUGAUUGUAUGGUCCUAUACAGGACGUAAACAAAACAAACAACCUCCACACAUUUUUUGGUCACAACACUUUGCAAAACUUUACAACUCCAGAAACUCCUCUACCUCUCCUGCAGAUGUUCGGAUAGAAAUCAGUUCAGAAGACUCAGAGUCAAGUUCAAGUUCAUUUUACUCUGAAUUUGGAAUCAGUUCAGAAAGUUACUCAAGUUUACAGCAAACUCUCUACUGGGCUGGGCCAGACAGAUCAAUUACAAAUGUGUCUAUGAGUACAAGUCCAGGUCACUCCACUUUCAUCAUUCAGAACCUGAAAGACAGCUACCAAAUAGGGGAGGAGCUUUUUGUUACUAUCCAUGCCAGAGACUUUAACAAUAAACCUAAACGUUAUGGAGGGGAUUUCUUUCAAGCAAAGCUUUUCUCAUCUAAAAAGGCCAGUGUGUUUGGGGAGGUGGUUGAUUUGCUCAACGGCUCCUACUCUGUGCGUUUUCUUCUGCCGUGGGUUGGAGAGGCACAGGUGGCUGUGCGUCUGAUCCACUCCAGUGAAGCUGUGCAGGUCCUCAAGCAUCACAGAGCCACUGAUUCUGACAGAGUGUCUUUCCUUGGAUAUUUUGAAGGACCAGGACCGAAUGGGACCCGCCUGAAAGAAACAGUGUUGUGCAAUGUGAAGUCAGACAAGAAUGGACUGGAGAGGAUCAAAAUUGGAGAUUGUUGCUGUGAAUACAAAGAUUCUCGCACUGGAGAAGAAUGGCGCUGUCAGAGACCAAAAUCACUGCCAUGCAGCGCUCGUGUGUAUCACUCUUUUGGACAGUAUAUCAACCACGUGACUGCCAAAGAAGCAAUGUUUUUGAAUCCAAGCAACAAGGGUAUCAAUGGACUAAAAAACACAAUCAAGAUUCUUCCCUCUAACGGAAGUACAACAAUUGAUGUAACACAGAAAUGUCGCCCUGGUUUGCAUACACCAGUUCCGGCUGGCUUUUACCUGAAUGAUGUGUGGACAUCUUUGGUGUGCAGCACCCGUCAUUUUACUAGCCAAACAACAACACAGUGCCUGAAAGACAAACACAUCUACAUGAUGGGAGACUCUACCUUGAGACAGUGGUUUGAGUUACUGGUGAAAAUUGUACCAACUUUGAAGCAGAUGAAUCUGCAUGUUCUACAUCAGGCAGGGCCUCUUAUAGCAGUGGAUGUGGAGAACAACAUUGACUUACGCUGGAGGGCUCACGGUGUUCCUUUACGAAGUCGUAAAACAGAAGUUACUAAUCUGCACUACGUCAGUAAUGAGAUUGAUGAUCUGACUGGAGGACCUCAUACUGUAUUUGUUUUUCACCUGGGGAUCCACUUUACGACAUUUCCUCUAGAUUACUUCACCAAAAGAGUGCUGAGGAUCCGCAAAGCGGUACUAGAUUUGUUACAGCGUGCACCAGCAACUACUGUUAUAAUCAAGACGGCCAACACUGGCUUUAAGGAUGUGUUUGGCAGUGACUGGUAUGCUCUGCAGUUGGACACAAUUCUACGGUGGGCUUUUCAGGAUGUUGGUGUUUAUAUUCUAGAUGUGUGGCAAAUGACAGCCUGUCACUACAACAAAGAGAACAUUCAUCCAGGUGGUGUUAUCCUCAAAAAUGAGAUGGACAUUUUACUUUCUUUUAUUUGUCCUGAAUGAAUGACAAAGGAUAACCUGUUUUGUACUUUAUUUUCUUAAAUGUGAAAAAAAUGGGCAGGAAAA